CUGUCCCCUCUUCAUUUCUUUUUUAACUUUGGGACGACGCUGACUUGAGGAACCCAACUUGACAUCUGUAGCAGAAAGAACACAUUGCGCGGCUCACUGAUUCGAGAAUCUGUAAAGCACGUCACCAUGUCUGACCGGGGUGCAUUCGACACUAAUGUCGUUACCCUCACGAGAUUCGUGUUGGAGGAAGGAAGGAAGGCGAAAGGAACGGGAGAACUGACAACCCUCCUAAACUCCAUAUGCACAGCCGUCAAAGCCAUAUCCACCGCAGUCAGGAAAGCUGGGAUUGCCAAUCUCUAUGGCAUUGCUGGAAGCACCAACGUGACAGGAGACCAGGUGAAAAAGCUUGAUGUUCUGUCCAAUGACCUGGUCAUCAACAUGAUCAAGUCCUCCUUCACCUCCUGUGUGCUGGUGUCAGAGGAGGACGAGAGGGCCCUCAUCGUGGAGCCAGAGAAAAGGGGAAAGUAUAUUGUCUGCUUCGACCCACUGGAUGGAUCGUCCAACAUCGACUGCCUUGCGUCAAUUGGCACGAUUUUUGCUAUCUACAGAAAGACGACCGAUAACGAGCCAAAUGAAAAGGAUGCGCUGCAGUCUGGGCGUCACAUUGUUGCUGCCGGUUACGCCCUGUACGGCAGUGCCACCAUGAUGGUGCUUUCCACAGGUCAAGGGGUCAACUGCUUCAUGCUCGACCCUUCCAUCGGGGAGUUCAUCCUGACAGACAAGAAUGUGAAAAUCAAGAAGAGAGGGAAGAUCUACAGUCUGAACGAAGGCUACGCCCAGCACUUCUACCCCGACGUGACAGAUUACCUGAAAAAGAAGAAAUUCCCUGAGGAUGGAAGUGCCCCUUAUGGUGGUCGUUAUGUUGGCUCCAUGGUGGCUGAUGUGCACAGAACUCUGGUGUAUGGAGGCAUCUUCUUAUACCCAGCCAAUGUCAAGAGCCCCAAGGGCAAGCUGCGGCUGCUGUACGAGUGCAACCCCAUGGCUUUCAUCAUGGAGCAGGCUGGGGGCAUGGCCACCACAGGGGAAAUCAAUGUGUUAGACAUCCAGCCACACGACAUCCACCAGCGAGUCCCUGUGGUCCUGGGUUCUCCUGAAGAUGUCCAGGAGUACCUUGCCGUCUACAAAAAGACCCGCAUGUGAUCUGGAUAGAUACACUUCACACUGGAUAGAUGUAUUUCACUGGAUACAUACACUGUAUCAUACCCAGUUGUAUGAAAGUUGAGGUGACUUGUUGAUCGGUGGUGCGCUUUCCUCUGACUGAUUCCCGUGAACAAGCUGAGUUGUGUUUCACCCCCUUUUACUGAUCAGGUAUUAAACCAAAGUCACUGGAGAGGGAAAAAGUAUGUUUCUCUUUUCCUCUCCUGCUCUCGUUGGACAAGUUCAGAGAGGGGAGGAAGCCUGUUUUAACUACCAGGACGCCAUCGAAGUCUCUUACUGUGAACCUAGAUUAGUUGGGAUCACUAAACUUGAGAGGCCAACCCCCUCAUGGCCCAAAUGUAAUGAUACAAUGAAGGAUUGUCAUGUUUUAUUUAAUUUGGUCAUUAAGGAGUUUUGAAUAAAAUCUAAUGUAGAAAUCUG